AUGGGAAGGCAGCCUUGUUGUGAUAAGAUUGGAUUGAAGAGAGGGCCAUGGACGAUUGAGGAAGAUCACAAGCUCAUGAACUUCAUCCUCAACAAUGGUAUCCAUUGCUGGCGAAUGGUUCCUAAGCUCGCAGGUUUGCUAAGAUGUGGGAAAAGCUGCAGAUUAAGAUGGAUUAAUUAUCUAAGACCAGAUCUUAAGAGAGGAGGUUUUACAGAAAUAGAAGAGAAUGAAAUUAUGCAGCUUCAUUCACGUCUUGGCAACAGGUGGUCUAAGAUUGCUGCACAUUUUCCUGGUCGCACCGACAAUGAAAUCAAGAACCACUGGAAUACGAGAAUCAAGAAGAGAUUAAAGGUCCUUGGCUUAGACCCUGUGACUCACAAGCCCUUUGAGCAAAAAGGAAGUAAUGUUGAUAAUGAUGAGACAACAGUGGAGUCAAAUUCAUCAAAAGGACAAGAGGAAAGCGUGGAGUUUAAGUCCUCCAUGGACAAUCAUGCCAGGAGAGAUUCUCUAGGAACAGAGGAGAAAGGGGAUGAAGUGGAAUUAAUUACCAUGGAUGAAACAAAUGAUCUUUUAAACAAUUAUGAUGGCUGGUGGGGAAGCUUGGACUUGGGGUACUCAUGGAUGAACCAAGAAGCCAACACGAUUAAUACUUCCUACAGUUCUUCAUUUUCCUUGGAAAACUCUAGCAACCCUUCUAUGGGUGAAUCCCCCUCUCUUCAAGAAGAUUCUAUACAACAAUGGGCUGGAAGUGUGGAUUCCAUGCUCUCAUGGGAUGGCUUCAAUCAUCUGGAACAAGACCUUUUUUUCUUGUAA